AUGGCUGUAAAUGGAGGAACUCAUAGCUCACACCAGAUAUCAAUCACGCUAGGAACGAUAUUCUGCGUUCUUGCCAUAGGCCAUUUUGCCCUAAUGUGGUGGCUGAAAACAUGGAUGAUGGUUUUCAUAAUAGCGGGAUGCAUUUUGGAAGUCACAGGAUAUCUCUCUACUGCAGCAGGCUACGGCACACAAUCCGUACAGGUAAUCGUUGCUCCCAUUUUCUUAUCCACUUCUGUCUAUAUGUCAUUGGGGACCUUGAUAAAGAGGAUGGAUGUCAAAGAUUUCAUUCCAUUCCGCACUGCAUCUUUCUGUUUUGUGUUGGGGAACGUAGUUUCAUUGGGCCUUCAGAUUGCAGGGGUCGUCUUGGGAAAAGUUCAAGAGGACAAAAGCUUGGGAACAAGCAUUACCAUUGCAGGUCUCGCUGUACAGUUGGUACAAGACCUCGCUUUCUUUACUACCACUAUUGUUGUUCACAAGAAGUUUUUGAAAAGCCCCUUUUUCGAAAGCGGUAAAGGAGUUUACGGUUGGAAAAACUACCUCAUGACACUUUACAUUCUAACCAGCUUGUUCUUUGUUCGAAACUGUUUCCGAAUAGUGCAGUUUGGCAUUGGUUGGAACGGAUAUGUCGCCAGACAAGCUGCCUUCGCUUACACGCUUGACGGCCUACUAAUGGUAAUAGCCAUGACGAUGAUCCUGUUCAUUCAUCCGGGCUUGGUGUAUAGUAGACUUAAAGCUGACCCCCUGCUAGAACACACCAGCAAUGAGCUAUAG